GGUUGUUUCAGCUUUAGCCGAAGUCCGGCCCUGAACCUGGAAAAUGCUUCUGGCGCCCCAGAAAAGGUCCUCCUCAAGGAAGAGGUCGGGGCUGAAUGGAUGGAAACAGUUUACAAGGAAGCCGAGUCCCACCAAGCCUGUGUUUGACCCUGACAAUGUGGAAUACUGGAUUAAGAGAGUGGAGAAAGCUUCAGAAUUUGCAGUUUCAAAAGCAUUUUCUGCUGGAAAUUCAGAUUUAUCCAGAAGGCUUUGGGGCCAAAUUGUAGAUUUGGAAACACCUGAGCAAAUAGAGGAUCAUGAUGAAGUCUAUGCAGAAGCUCAGGAAUUGGUCAAUGACUGGUUAGAUACCAAACUUAAGCAAGAACUAGCAAGUGAUGGGGACGAUGAUGCUGAAGACACUGUGUCACGUAUCCCUCCUGUGCCAGAAGCCAACGGGCAUUUGAAAUAUGACAAGUUCGAUGAUUUAUGUGGUUAUUUGGAGGAAGAAGACGAAAGUACCACCUUUCAAAAAUUCAUAGACCAUCUGCUCCAUAAAGACGUGGUGGAUUCUGGGAUAUUGGAAGAUCUUGGAAUGAAUGAAAACCAAGACAAGAAGUGGCAGAAGGAUCCUCAUCUUACCAUGGAGAUGAGACAUAAGCAGGUAAAAGAAAAUCGCUUAAGACGUGAGAAAGAACUGGAGCGCCAGAGAAUUGAAAAGACCCUGAAAAAAUCAGCCUUCUUAGAGGCUCAGUAUCUGGUGCAAGAAGAGAAAAAAAGGAAGGCUCUAGAGGCCAAGAAAGAGGAGGAGGAGAUACAAAGGGAGAUGGUAAAGCUGCGGAGGGAGAUAAUUGAGAGGAGACGCACUGUGGAAGAAGCAUGGAAAACAGAGAAGAAAAAGCAAGAAGAAAAUUCUCCAAAAAAUCUAGAGAAAGGCAUGUUUCAAAGUGUUCAUAUUCUUCUGGAUGAAGAAAAAAUGGCAAAAGAAAGAAAGAAGAAACUGAAAGAGUUAUUAAUCCAAACUUUCAAGGAAGAUCACCAGUGUCAAAAACGGUAUUUCUCUGCCUGGCACAAGCUGAUUCUUGAUCAUAGGAUUAAGCUGGGGAAAGCUGGGACCCUGUCUGACUGGAAGUUGCAACUGAAGGUCCUGCGGGCCUGGAGAGACUACACAAGAUCCCAGAAGUUGGGGCGGGAGACUCAAGCCAUGGAAAAUGACCUUAGGGAAGAAAACAGAAAACAACAACUGGCCACUGACUAUAACCGGAAACAAGUCCUCCGACACCAUUUUACAGAAUGGCAGCAUUGGCAUCGUGCAGAGAUCCAAAAGAGAGAGCUGGCUGUUACAAAGGAGGAAACUAGGAAGAAAAUGAAUGAGCUGCUGAAGGCAGCAUCACUAGGGAAACUCAGUGCAAACGUGUCAUCAAGCAUCAGUCUACCUGAGGAGGCAACAGCCAUGGAGGAUCCACCUAGAAAUGGAGAGGAAGGUUGUAUCAAAGAAGUACCUGUUUUCCUGCCUGAUAACAUAUUUGUCAUUUUGGCCAAGUUGACAGAUAUCCUGGCCAUGGCAGUGGUUCGUGUGAUUGUACCCACUCUCCCACCAGCUUCUGUGGUGGCUGCCGUCCCCGCUUUGUUGGAAAAGCCUCCCUCGGGGAGCAAUGGUUAUGUGCCCAGCCCCCACCUAGGAAGACCAACAAAGGACAUCUUGCAGGUUCCCCUCCAGAAUGUCCCUCUGGAUACAUCUGACACUAAACCGCACAAGGCCCUAGAUGUUGAGCCCUCCCAACAGCCUGGCAACAAAGAGAAGCUCAGAAUCAGCAGCCAGAAAGCAGAACCUAUGUGCGUGGGUCAUUUCCAUAACCGCCACAUCUUCCAGCAACAGCUGAUUGAAAAGCAGAAGAAGAAACUUCAGGAACAGCAGAAAACAAUUCUGGAGCUGAGGGAAAGCCAGCGGCUGGCAGAGGCUCGGCGGGCAGCAGGGCAUGCCAACACACAGAGCUGCCUGCUGUCAAACCCCGGAGAAGAUGAACGAAAAAGAACCUGCCAGGUGCUUCCAAAUUCGCCUGUUGCUUCCCCUGGUACUGAAGGUAGUAGAAGUGACUCUCGAAGUUCUCUGUCUGGACCCAGAAGGAAUCCAAGGCAGCUGAUGGCACCCCAUCCCAUACUGAAAGCCAUGGAAGAGAGAGCAGUUCAGCGAGCUGAACGUAGGCGGAUCUUGGCAGAGAGGAAGAAAAAAAAAGAAGAGGAGAAAUUGGCUCAGUUAAAGGCCCAAGAGGAGGAACGUCGGAAGAGGGAGGCAGAAGAAAAGGAGGCUCAGCUUGAGAAAAAACAAGAAGAGAAGAGACUGAAGAAAAUGAAAGAACUAGAGAAGCAGAAGAGAAUUAAGAGGAACCAGCAGCUGGAAGCAAUAGCCAAAGAACAUUAUGAAAGCGUAUUGCUAAGAAAAAAAGGUCUGGAGCCUUGGAAGAGACUGAGAAUGCAAAGCAAGCAAAACCUCCAGGUGGCCAAAGGACAUCACUCUUUGGCCCUACAGAGGAAAUGCCUGCUGACCUGGUUCCAGUGGAGUCAGGAAAGCCUGGCUAGGAAGACGGCCAAAGCUGAUCAAUUUUAUUCCCAAAUAUUACUUAGGAGAGUCAUCCGGAGCUGGCUACAGUACCUGACUGACCUAGAGGAAGAAGUACAAACACUGUGUGUACAUUUUCUUCAGAAGAAGAUUUUCAGGGCCUGGUAUAACAUGGUCAGGGAGGCCAGGAUCGAUUCCCAGAACAAGCACAAGGUUGCGGUGGAGCACAGUGACAGGAGGAUUCUCUGGAUCACAUUUCAGACAUGGAAGAAGUUUGCAAAAUUUACGAAAGAGGAAAGAGGAAAAGAAGAAAGGCGAGAGCAGCUCCGUAGGAAGGUAGCUGAAAUUCUUCCAGACUUCCAGAUGCUCACACCGCUGUGACUCGGGUGUACAGCAAUCAGAUGCUCGGCCCGUGGGUAAGGGGUCCUUGGUGUGCCAGUGGCCACGGCCCAGUGCAGCGCUUGGGCAGUGCUUACAAUGGGAAUCUCCAUCAGUCCGUGUGUGUGUUUUAUCUCCACCCACCCACAUAUGCACGCAUAUAUCUGGUUUAUGUUCUGUCACAUACUUCUUGGAUCAAAGAAAUUCUUUUGUGAAUUUGUAUUUCCUUCUUUGAUUUCUCCUAGGUUGCUAAUCAGUCCACUAACACAUUUAUCACAGCAGGAUCAUCCAAAGGAACAGUCUAGAGCUCUGCUGUUCAAAUGUACCCUAUGUAUUUUUAGGAUCAUAAACUUUAAAAAGGACAAGUGUUUGCUUGCCUGAGACUGUGAAGAAAAAUAUGUCCUUAUAGCUUAAUGUGAAUUGUUGACAAAUGUAACUUUAAUUAAAUAGAAAUUAAAAGUAGUGAGCACUUAGAAAAGGAGGGCCAGUCAUCUGGUACCUUAGCAUCAGCAACAGGCAUCCUGCCAGACCCUGUCCUUUUUGCCCACCUGAUGGAAAACCGUGGAUCAAAAGGCAUUCUAGGCAGCUGCUGCAAAGGGUAGCAGUGUAUCCUGAUUUCAGAGAAACUGGAGCACCAGAGAUACUUCUCCUCAGUGCACUUUGCUAAGCAUGAAGGGAAGUCCAAAAGCUAAAGGCUCUAUCGAAGGCAGUCCAGCAAUUUGUUAAAAUGUCUGCUUGUGCUCCCAACUGCAACUUCUAAAUAAUACACUCGAUCAGUCUUCCAGUCCUCAGCUCAGUUUGGUCUAUGUAUCAAGGUACUUAUCUUGAAUUCAAAGAUUGUUUUAAUGUUUAAGAUGCUAAAGAAUAUAAAGACUGACAAGACACUCCUGUGAAUUGUCUGAGAGAGUUGCCUGCUAGAAAAAAAGUUUUCAUUACAAAACACAUGCUCAUUACAACAAAUUCAGACAGUAAAUGCACACAGUAAAACGAGACAGUCCCUUGCAGCCCUGAGGUAACUACUAUUAUUUGAUAAGUUGAAAAUUUGAGUUGGUAAAAUAAAACUCUGUG